AUGCUGAGACAAAUGCAGCUGCGUUGGAGCUGCCACCUGGUGCGCAUGGACGACGAGCGACUACCCAAAGGACUCUUCUACGGAGACGUCGCGACGGGUUCUCGCCGUCAAGGUGGUCAAAUUCUUCGAUACAAGGACACUCUGAAGUCCUCCCUGAAGCGCCUGCAAAUCAACCCGACCAACUGGGAAGAGCUCGUACUCGAUCGACCGACCGGGAGGAGGGCAGUGAAGACAGGCGCUGCUAUCUACGAAGCCAACCGCAUCGCCACCGCCAAAGCGAAACGCGACGCCCGCAAAUCCCAACUGCGUCUAGUCCGCAACGCCGACGCACAACCGCUACCAACGUGUCCUCGGUGA